GACUGGGAAACAACAAGUGUGCCCGUGUGAGGUAUUUCAUGCACUUUCUUCAUUGAGUCAUCAGUGUUUUUAUUUUUCUGUCCACCCAAAAUGGCUCCCGGAGAUCAGCUGAAGCAAACGAAAAAAAUUACCCCCAUGUUCAACGAUUAUCUGUACGGGGCGAUUCGUCGGAUAGCCGAAGAGGAGGGUUUCACUCCGGAUUUGUACUCGGUGGAUUUUGACGAGGAAACUUGCAUCGAGUGCGAUGGUUUUGUGAGCUUCGUGUUCAAGGCCAUCAUCAAUGGGGACGAUCGGGAGAUGGUGCUGUGGUGCAAAGUGCCUCCCAAUGACGAUCUUCGGUCGUUGGCGUUGUUCAGGCGGGAAGUGCUGUUUUACCGGGAAAUAUUGCCCUCGUUUUAUGAGUUCCAGUCGGAAAAAGGGGUAGAUCAAGCCAGUGGGGAAGGGUUUUUCGCUGCUCCCAAAUGUUUUCUGGCGCAUUGUGAUACCGUAAAGGAGGAACCGGAAGCCGCUAUCAUACUGGAGUACGAUGAAAAUUUUGAACGCUGGGACUGGGACAAGUUUGAACCGAUAAAUGUGGAACACUCUCGGAUCCUGAUGACCCAGUUGGGUCGUUUGCAUGCUAUUUCGUUUGCCUUGAGAGCUAGUAAACCAGAACUAUUUGAGCAGCUAAAAGAAAAGGAACUUUCCGUUAAGAGUAACGAUUUGGUUUCGCUCAUGAAGGAAAGUUUCGACAAGGCACUGGUGACGAUGAAGACUCGAUUUGCCGCAGAUCAGGACAAGAUUCAACGGAUAAAAGAUAGGAUGUUCCAGGUGCUGACGGAUUGUGGGGACCUCGAGAAAGCCGAACCGUACUGUGUAAUCAGCCAUGGGGACUGUUGGAUCAAUAAUCUUAUCUACACACAUGACGAGAGCCUCGCCGCCACCAAUGUGAUCCUGACCGAUUGGCAAUCUUCGCGCUAUGCCAGCCCACUGCUCGAUUUGGGCUACUUCUUCUUCAUCUGUGCCAGUGACCAGUUUCGAGGACAGCACUUCGACUCGUUGCUUCAGCAUUAUCACAACGGGCUGCGGGAGCUUCUGGAUCGGCUCGGAGGCGAUUGCCAGGCUCAGUUUCCCUUCACGGCCCUGCUCCGGAUGGUGAAACCCUACCGGGAGUUGCUACAGGAUGGGUGAGGUGAGAUGAGGUCAAGCUCGAGCUAGCAGCCUUCUUUCCGGAUUUCAGAAGACGUUGGCCACGACUAGAAAAGGAGAUAUAAAUCAUACAGUUGUUUUUUUAGUCGUGUGUUUCUCAUCCAUUACAUUAUUUGCUAUUUGACAGUCAUAAAAGAUUGUUAUUGCUCAGCUGAGCGGGCU